CAUUACCCGCGCGCGCAGGUGAGCCUGGCCCGAGAACCCGCGUGGGGGGUCCGCUGUACCCCCGAGGCCACCCCAGCCCCAGAACAUGGACACGUUUUCUUCCACUGCCCUGCCUUCUGAGGACCUCUGCCCUCUUCAGGACAGCUUCUCCAGGUAUGAGGAGGAAAUGGAGGCAUAUUCUCAGCAGAUCCUGUCUCAGCCACCUGUGAGCUUCAAGGACGUGGCUGUGACCUUCACAUGGGAGGAGUGGGGACAGCUGGACCUGGCUCAGAGGAUGCUGUACCGUGAGGUGACUCUGGAGACCUGCAGUCACCUGGUCUCCCUGGGGCUUCUGCUUUCAAAACCGGAUGUGAUCGCCCGACUGGAGCAAGGGGAGGACCCAUGGAGGGUGGAGCAGGGACCUCCCCGAGACUGGAAGACUACACUUGAAAAGAAAGAGUCAGCUUCUGAAGAGGGUAUUGCUGUGGAAGAGCCAUCUCACCACAUGGAAAUGAAACACUGUGUACAGGAGGAGGGCCCCUGGUUGGUGUCAUUAGGAGAAGUGCAGCAUUGGAGGGACCAGCUAGGGAAGCACCAGGAGGACUCUCUGAGUCAAACAGUACUUACCUCAGAGAGACUUUUUGCUCAAGGGGGUAGUUAUCUGAGUCUAAGCCUUCUACCUCCAACAUUACCCACAAGAACACAUUUCCAUAAGCUCAACUCACAGGUUAAAAGGUUGAAACAGAACUCGGUUUUCAUUAAUCAUCAGAAAAACUGGGCUGAUCUGAAGUCCUGUGAAGAUCAUCAAAGUGCUAGAGCCUUCUGUCAGAGCAUUUACUUGAAUAAAAUUGCAAAUGUUGAAACAGGAAAUAAAAAACCUUAUGAUUAUACUGUCAGUAGUGACUCUUUCAACUGUGGUACCUCCCUUCGUUUUCUUAAUAGAAUUUUUUCAGCAGAGAAUGGCAAUGACAGUAAGGAUGGAAACAGCAUUAAUCAUAGCAUGUCUCUGAAUGAACACAAGCCAAUGAAUUUUGGAGAAAGUCAGUACGAGUGCGAUGAAUGCCUUGUGCAAACCGAAAUAAGUGAUCCUGGAGAGGCACCAUUCAGAUGUGAGGAGGACUGUGGUGCCUUCCACGUGGCCUCAUCUUUUCCUGACUGUGACAUCAUUCAGACUGGAAAGAAGUCAUAUGCAUGUAAUCAGUGUGCAAAAUCUUUCAGCUGUUGCUCUAAGCUUGUUGUACACAAGAGAACACACACGGGAGAAAAGCCAUAUGAAUGUACUCGGUGUGGGAAGUCUUUCAGCCAGAGCUAUGACCUGGUUGUACACCAGAGAACUCACACUGGAGAAAAGCCCUAUGAAUGCAACCAGUGUGGGAAAUCCUUCACCCAGAGUUCCAAACUUAUUAGGCAUCAACGAACUCACACUGGAGAAAAACCAUAUAAAUGUCAUGAAUGUGGAAAAUCUUUCAGGUGGAACUCUAACCUUACUGUUCAUCAAAGAAUUCAUACUGGAGAGAAACCUUAUGAGUGUGCACAUUGUGGAAAGUCCUUCAGUCAAAGCUCUGACUUUGUUGCACAUAAAAGGACUCACACUGGAGAGAAACCCCAUGAAUGUAACCAGUGUGGAAAAUCUUUCAUUCGAAGCACUCAGCUUAUUAGGCAUCUGCGAAUUCACACUGGAGAGAAGCCAUAUAAAUGCAAUCAGUGUGACAAAGCCUUCACUGGGAGCUCUCACCUUAUUGAACAUCAGAGAACUCAUACUGGAGAGAAACCGUUUGAAUGUAAUCAGUGUGGGAAAGGCUUCACUGGGAGCUCUCACCUUCUUUCACAUCAGAGAAUUCAUUCUGGAGAGAAACCGUAUGAGUGUAAUGACUGUGGGAAAGCUUUUCGGCAGCGAUCUCAGCUUUUUGUGCAUCAGCGAACACAUACUGGAGAGAAACCUUAUGAAUGCAGUCAUUGUGGAAAAGCUUUCAGCCAGAGGUCUCCCCUCAUUGUGCAUCAGAGAAUACACAUUGGAGAGAAGCCCUAUCAGUGUAACAUGUGUGCUAAAGCCUUCAGUCAGAGGUCGCGCCUUAUUGAACAUCAGAGAACACAUACUGGAGAAAAGCCCUAUGAAUGCGUUGACUGUGGGAAAGCCUUCAAUGAUCGAUCAACGCUUACAAAACAUGAGAGAACACACACUGGGGAAAAACCCUAUGAAUGUAAUCAUUGUGAAAAGGCCUUCAGCCAGCGGUGUCAACUUACUAGGCAUCAGAGAAUCCAUACUGGAGAGAAACCCUAUGAAUGUAAUGAGUGUGGAAAAGCUUUCAGUUAUAGUACAUCCCUUAUUCAACAUGAGAAAACCCAUGGGAGAGAAACCCUAUGAAUAAUCAAGAUGGAAAAGCUCACUGCCAGACUUUCUUUACUAGACAUCAGAUGACUAAGGUAUGAUUCUCAGAGUGUAAUCUAAUGACCACAUACAUCAGAAUUGCUUGGAGUGUGUGUGUUGAAACUGCAUAUUACCAAGCUUACCCUCAUUGUACUACAUCAGAGUAUCUAGCAGUAAAACCCAGGAGCCUGCAGUUUCCAAAAGGAGCACACGUGAUUUGUAUGUAUACUAAAAUUUAUAUACUUCUGCAUUUAGGUCAUGAAUAUGACCACUGAUGAAAAACGUUCAGUCAGAGCUCUCAGCAGAAGUUAGAAAACUCAGAAUGGAGCUGUACACACCAGAUAAUCUUUUUAGUGCAUACAGCCACCCAAACUCAAUCAGACGUUGUCUCCACAUUCAUGGAAAUGAUGGGGAACUGAAAGAUACUCUUUACACAGAGCCCCAAACACUCAACCUAAGAAGAAACCAUUGCAUGAGGAAGUUGGUGUUUGGAAAUGAAAUUUGAAGCCAGCCAUGUUCAGUGUAAACCAGUAAUUAAAAACACAAAUUGGGGAAUUUUUUGGUGGUCCAGUGGUUAGGACUUGGUCCUUUCACUGCCGGGGCCUGGGUUCUAUCAACGGUCAGGGAAAUAAGAUCCCGCUGUGUGGCAUGGCAAAAAUAAACAAACAAAAAACAAAUUGAAGGAGAACUAGUGAUGGGAAGUCUUCUAAAAUGAUUUUUAUUGGAAUUAAAAGUAGACUCUGAAUUUUUCGGGGACUCUAUCAUGCUCUAGCUUAAGGUUGUUGCUCAGUUAGGUUGACUAAUCAAAAGAUGUCAAGUGAAGUGAAAACAGGGCUCAAAACAGUAUAUACACAGAAUGUUACAACAUAUAAAAUCAUGUGCACAGAUGGUUGGUUAAGAAGGUCAACUCGGCAGCAUGUUCAAAAAAGGCUGAAGUGUAAAUCAAUGGUGAAGCAAGUAGGAGAGGCCAUUAUUGCAGGUUUGAGCAAGGUGAAAGCAGGUGAGAGCAUCGCCUGGAGAUGCAGAGUGGGAAAGGCUGAAGCUAGGAACUUGCAAAGAGGGAGCUGCUGGAGUGGAGGUCACAGCCCCCCUGUCAGAGCUGUAGACUGACAAGUGGGGCAGGAAAGCAGGGUUCAUUGAAGGUCUGUCCGUGAAACUCCCUAAUUUGCUCUCCCUUCUCUUGCAUUAAGUAUCUGGCCAUGGGUAAGCAAAAAAUACAGUAGAGAAUGAAUUAUGUGCUAUAAAAAAAAGUCUGAGGGACUAGGGAAUCUGGUGUAUUAUGCUCCAGAACAAGUGCUGCCUUAUUUUGGCAUUUCAAGGAUCUUCAUCCUAACAGCUGGUUCUUACCCUUUUAAUCCUAAAGCAAAGUGUGCCAUUAAACCAGCUCCACCCAUCUGUGGAGCUUACUCUCUGCUUU